AUGACCAAGCUUCUGCCGCUUCAUCCCGGACUGGGACAACUGGUCCUCGGUUCACAGUCCAUAUCUACUCUGAGAAAUAACACACACUCCGUCACGAGAACAGAUACAGGUGGGGGAUACAGGAAGACACGGAUACACACAAAUGGAGUGCAUCCAGGCCAGCAGCUCGCCCUGGAGCGGGUUGAACCUCUUAUCCACGGCAGACUGGCAAACAUUAAGUCAGCCUUCAUGGCAGUGGACGGUCAUGGUACAGGGAUGGUGAGCAGAGUGGAGUUCAGACGAGUCCUGAAGAGCCUGCUUCCUGUCAGUGAUACCCAGCUCCUGACUGGCCUCAAUGAGGUGUGGGAGAGGAGCAGUGGAACAGUGGACUACAUGCAGUUUCUGAGGAGGUUCAGCCGAGCUCCCACGGCCCACAGAGCCUGCAGCAGUACUGAAUUGUCUGUUUCUCUCAGGCGUUGUCCACAGAACACUCCCAUGUCCCUUUUUGAAAUACAGAAGCAUCUCAAAGAUAAGAUUGGAGGCAACCUGGCGACCCUGAUCAGAGUGUUUAGCCUGUUUGACUGCAAGCGAGAAGGACACAUCCAGCAGCACGAGUUCCGCCGCAUCCUGGACAACUACGGCAUCCACCUGACAGACAAGGAGUUUCAGAGGCUUCGGAAUCACUACAGUCCCAAUAACAACUCCACAAUUUCCUACGAACUGUUCCUGGACAAGCUAGGCUUUGGUGACAGCUGUAACUUCAAGAUUGCUCCAGUCUGCACUAAGAUAGAAGUGCCCAGCCGAGGGACAACUCCACCUGAGAGAGUCAACCAGGAGAAGCUGAGACCAGAGUAUCUCUCCAGUCUGGGUGAUGCUCCGUUGAGACACACGAAGCUGCAGACUCUCUUCUACGACAAGAUGUGCAUGAACUCAACCCAGGUGUGGCAAGCGCUGCAGGCCUUUGACUCCACCCGCUCUGGCCUGGUAGCACAAGAUGUCCUCAGGGCCAUUCUCAGCAGCUUUAUAUUUCCCAUGAACCCUCACUCCUUCCAGAAACUGACCAGCCAUUAUGGUGUGAGCGCAACAGGGCCAGUGCGAUGGAAACACUUAUUGGGCCACUUCAUGAGCCCGGUUAAAGUAGAGGGGGACACAAAUCUUCUCACCAAAAGGGCUUCAGAGCCGCCUGUUCCAGAAAAAGACAACUUCCAGGACAUUAACCCUCGACUGAAAGAGAUGUUCCACCUGCUAGACAUGAAGGAGGCAGGUUGGAUCACUAGAGCAGACCUGCAACAUGUUCUGGAGAGACCAGAGAAAGAACAUAAAACACCAGAGGAGAGGCAGAACACAGACUGUGCUGACAAACUGGCUGUGGGGUCUGCAUCAUGGAGAACAGUGGAGAAUUUACUGCUGGACCAGCUGUGUGAGCGGCUCAGUUCAGUACUGGCAGCUCUGAAGAUGUGUGACCCUCAGCACACUGGAUACAUCACACAGGAAGAUCUGAAGAAGCUCCUAAGCUCUCAUGGCAUACCCAUCUCAGAGACACACUUCAACAAGCUCUGUGAGACCUCCAGCUCUAGACCUGGGAGUUCUUCUAAGUUGGUUUAUUACCCAGGCUUUCUCGAAAACCUGGGAGUCCCCCUGACAUAUGAAACAUGCCCAUCCUCAGCACAUACUGAGAGACGCUGCACUUCACCUCAGUCGACCGUACAGUCCGUCAGAGCUCAGCGACCUGCCUCCAGCCUGCAGGUCAGUGCAGACACAUGCAACAUCCUGGAUAUUGUUUUCCAGAGGAUGAGAUCAAGGCUAGAGCAGCGUCACAGCAGCCUGACCGACCGCAUCAAGGCCAUCACGCACAGCUCUAAUGGGACCCUAUCAGAGACAGAUAUACGGAAGAUACUAGAGGACAGUUGGGUCAUCUUGGACGAUACAAAUUUCCACAAGUUCACUGAACUGCUUGGCCUCAGGGAUGGACGGAUCGAGCGCUCAGUGUUCCUGGAGAAGUAUGAGGCCGCCACAGCCAGGGAUGGGCAGCAGCGCUCUGAGGGUCAUGGUGAUAAGGUUAAAGUCGCCCCCCCUCUUACUUCAGCUGAGCAGUGCCUAGCUGCCAUGAAGACCAGGAUCAAGAGCAUCCAUGGGAACAACCUGUCAGCGUUUCGACUGAUGGACAGGAAACGUAAUGGCGUGGUCGACUGCCGUGAUUUCAAAGAGCUAUACAGCAGCCUGGGAUUUUUCUGCAGAAAGGCAGAGUAUCAGCGGCUGUUGGAACUGAUUGGUUUGCAACCAGGGGGAAACCUCAACUACGCAGAGUUUGUUGAUGUUGUGGAAAAUAAUGGCAAAAAAGGGACACAGACAGCGUGUGUACAAGAGCAGCUCCAUGAACUUCUGGCAUGUGAAGCCCGCUACACGUGGGCAGACAUGUCUAAGGUUCUGUGCCAGUAUGACACAGACGGACGGGGUUGGAUCCAUAAGAAGAGCUUGAGGGGACUCCUGUUCACCUAUGCUCUCCCUAUAAGAUCUGAGGAGUUUGACCAGCUUUGGUUGAGGUAUGACCCAGAGGGCCGGGGCCGUGUGCCAAUUUGUGACUUUUUGGAAAAACUGGGGAUUGAUCAUGAAGGGGAGCUCAGACCGUCGAGACAGAAGCUGAACCAAGCUGCGGCCCAGCAGAGCCCUGACAGACCAGGGUCCUCUGAUGCUGCAUCACUGGAGUGUAUUGAACAUAUUGUGCAGGAGAACUUUAAGGAGUUGAGCGACUCCCUGGCUCACCUGGAAACAGGGAGGGAUGGCACAGUGACAGUGGAGCAGCUGCUGAGCCUGUUACAAACCUACAGCUCCUCCGUGAAGAGAAAGCAGCUUGAAAUUCACCUGCGCAGGCUUAAUGUUACCGUGGAUGAUAACAGGCUGGCUUACAUGGAUUUCCUGUCUGCGUUUGACCAUAAGAAGAGUGGUGAGCGUCCCCCUGCCUCUCCUGAUGCUGAGAGACAGAAAGAGUCUUUGGACGGCCUCAGUCCAGCCGUUGCUCUGGCUAGGAUGCAAGAGCUAGUCACUGCCUCAGCGCCACAUCUGUAUAAGGCUUUCUCUGCCUUUGACCGGAGGGGAACGGGGACAGUGAAACCUCUGGAGUUUCGUCAGGUGUUAGAUCAUUUUUGCGCCCGUCUGUCAGACAAACAGUACAGACACAUGCUGACCAAACUGCAGCUGGACUGUGAGACCUGCACUGUUAACUGGAAGGACUUCCUCAACACGUUUCAAUCAGAGAGCCCACUGAUUUCAGAGAGGUGCCUGAGUAAGACUAUUGAGCGACGGACAACAACAAGAUCCCCUACCCAGACCAAGACCCCUGAAACUACAAAGCACAAUGAGGAAAAUCAACAAAUCCAGGACUUCAUCUCAGGUCAUUUAUAUGAAAUCACCAAAAAGCUGAUGGAUCUGAAACCCUCCAACAGCACGACAAGACUCACAAAUGAUCAGAUUGAGUGUGUGUGGAGUCAGAUGCCUGUGAACGAGCAGAAGAAGCUGCAGUACAGAGACUUUCUGGAGCUUUUUUUUGCUUUGGGAAGGACCCCCCGCACAGAAGCAGGGGGUCCCACUGACAAUGUCCCAUCGCCUUCCUGUGAGCCCAGAGAAACAGCCUCAGCAACAAAAUCCUGUUCCCCAGAGAGUGCAGGUGCUUUUCUACAUCGCAUAAAUACCGCCCCUGAGUGCUCCUCCAGGCGUCCCUCCUCGGUGGGGAGGCCGGGAACAGGAAGCCCGCCGGGCAGCAGGGGGAGGGGGCUGCGAGCGGGGGUGCAACGCUGCUGGAAGGAGAUCCAGAGGAACUGCGCCAUGGAAGAUCCUCAGCGAGAAGGACACAUCAGCACUACCUCCUUUCUCAAGAUCCUCCACUCUCUGGGCAUUAAUAUGACACAGGAGCAGCUUGAGCACCUGACUGUGAAGUUUGACAUCAUCAACAAUGGCUGUGUUUCCUAUCACAACUUCUUACGUCACUUCCUCCUGAAUCUGCGACCAGCAGAGGCAAAGACUGCAUAUGAGCGACGGAGAUUGCCUCUUCCAAUUGCACUGAAGAGUGAAGGUGUGCUGAGCAGAGACUGCGUGGAGGUCAUGCUGAGGAUCCACGAUGUGGUCCAUUCCUCCUGGACCUCCAUCAGACGCUGCUUCCUGACAUGUGACCGCCCCGGAACAGGAAGUGUCUCCGUGCAGGACUUCAGGAAGGUUCUGCGCCAUUUCAGCGUCAGACUUUCAGAGGAGGAGUUCUUCCACCUCAGCUCAUAUUUUGAUACCAACACCACGGGGAGGAUCUGCUACAACAACUUCCUUUGGGCCUUUCUUCACUGACCUUCAAUCUGAUGCCUACAACUCUUAGCAAGCAUGGCUGAUAAACCAACCACCCCAAGACCUUAGACAUUCAGGGAACCCAGGUUUUGUGUUUCGCCAUUACUGUGUGGUAAUUAUUUGUUAUAAUGUCAUUAACACCAAAACAAAUCUAAGUAUAGCCUGAAAUGCAGAAAAUCGAAUGGCUUCCGCAUAUUAAUGGUAUCUAA